CUCCGUCAGAAGUUUAAAGCAAAUGCAAAUGGCCGCAGAAGCUGCACAACCCAACAAAAAACUCCACCAAAGAAAUCCUAUUCCAAUUCCUCAGUACGCUCCAAAUAUCCGUCGUUCCAACACCACUAACUUAUUACUAUUUCCGGGGAAAAAGGAAUUGAAACAGCAAUGGGUCCGAUAGUGUUGACUCAGUUGGCGACGGGUUUGAGCGUUUUGGCUGGGGCGGUUUUGGUGAAGUCUGUGUUGAAGAAUAAUUCAAUGGGGGGUCCGGGCGGACUGCCCAGAUGUCCCAGUUGUAACGGUACGGGUCGGGUUACGUGCACGUGUACUCGCUGGUCGGAUGGUGAUGUUGGGUGUCGGACUUGUGCCGGAUCGGGUCGGAUGGCUUGCAAUAGCUGCGGUGGCACUGGGACGGGACGGGCCAUUCCUGUUCAGAUAUCAGUUCGACCUUCGAAUCGGACCUCGUGAAGAUGAAGCUUGCGCAACUUAGUAAUGUUUCCAAUUCCAUGUACUCUAUUUCGUUAUAUAUUUAUUGUGAUUAUUUUGAAUUUACAUUAUGUAAUAUCUGUCUGUAUACUUGAAGAGAACGAUGAGGAAUUACUGUUUAGGAUAUAAUUAAAAUUAAAUUGAUAGAUUACUAAAAUAAUGGUCUAUACAUGAAUUCCUAGCGCCUUUUUCUUGAUAUAAAUUCAUUCAAAUUGGGGAAUUAUUUAAAA